UCCAACGCGGUCACGGUGUGGAGCAAGUCGUGGUGCCCGUUCUGCACGCAGGUGAAGCAGCUCCUGGAGAAGGAGGGCGCGAGCUACCUCGCGAUCGAGCUCGACAAGUUUCACGAGGCGGAGGAGAUUCAAGCGUCGCUCGCGGCCACGACGGGGCAGCGCACCGUGCCGAACGUGUUCGUGGGGGGGAAACACGUCGGCGGGUGCGACGACACGAUGGCGCUGCAUCGAUCGGGGGAGCUGAGGAAGAUGAUAGAGGCCGCGGGA